UAUUUUGUAGCAUUUCGUGCAUUCAGAGUAUUUCGGGGUCUCGCCGGGUUGCGCGAACCAAGCCUAUCAUGAGAGAAACGUCAUCAUCCUUCGACUAUUUCAUUGUUGUGUAAACUAUGCGACAGGAUAUAUAUCUAUACACAAGACUCACAUCCUUGCAAAAAAAAUAUAUACAGAUGUUCUCUUGAUAUCAGCGGAAAUGCUAUUUAUUUCUUUCACAUUCAACUACUUAGGUAUUUCGAACAUCAUCUGAAAUAUGUACACGCUUCGAGAUAUACAAUUAUUAAUUUAGCACAUCUACUUGAUCCACGGGCCGGCUAACGUUUACUAGCUAACGUUAGCUAGCAAAUCCCAAGGCAAAGGUUUCGAAUAGUGCAGCAAGUUUAGCUAGCUGGCUAGUCCCAAUUUGUAAGUCUACAGACAGUGUCUUGCACUGCUAUCUUGCCAUAGCUGUGUUUCUGUGGUUUUGAAGGCGUUAUGAGUUAUGGAGGUUAUGGGGGCAGAGGCGGCCGACGAGGUGGCCGAAGAGGAGGUCGAGGAUUCGGACGGGAUGGGAGCCGGGAGAGGUGGGACCGCCUAGCUGGGUCGAGUGGUGGUGGACACCCGCGGAGCACCGAAACGGAGUCGAGGGAGGACCGGGGAGAACGAGGAGGGAGAGGUGGGGGACCAAACCGUCCACCCCCGCAUCUAAAGGGCCGGGAGAUCGGACUGUGGUACGCCAAAUGGGGAGGCUUGAAGAGGAAAGAAAAUGAGAGAAAAUCGCGGGCAGUGGUUCAGAUGGAUGAGUCCAGGGAACAGCAUAUCACUAAUCUGCUGAACACUGUCCAGAGAGGACCGACAUGCCCAGCCAGGGAGGCCCACCCCUCCACAUCUGAGCACUGGCGUUCAACCCCGUCAGCACCGGUCAGAGGCGGCCACUGUUACUUUGAUGGUGAUGAGCCCUCUCAGGAUGUCCUGAAAAUGGAUCUCAAACAAGAGAAGAAGGAGGUUGAGGAGAGGCCAGUACAGAACACUCCACUCACAUCACAACGUUACUUCCCACAGGAUGUCCUUAAAGCUGAACCCCAAGAAGAGAGGGAGGAGAAGGAGAGGAGAGGGAAGGAUAAAGACCUGGAGUAUUUGUUUCAGGAGGUGGUCAGGGAGAAUGCCCUGGACCAGCAGUUAAAGAGAGAUCUAGAGAGGAAGAAGGCGGACUCUAAAUACCUAGACAUGCUGAAAUUCAGGGAAAAGCUUCCAUCCUUUGGAAAAAAAGAGGAGUUGGUGGAGUUGAUCAGGUCCAGCCAGGUGCUGGUGGUCAGUGGAGAGACGGGGUGUGGUAAGACCACCCAGGUGACCCAGUUUAUCCUGGAUGACUACAUAGAGAGGGGCAUGGGUUCAGUCUGCAGGGUGGUCUGCACCCAGCCACGUCGCAUCAGUGCCAUAUCUGUAGCAGAGCGGGUGGCUGCGGAGAGGGCUGAGAGUGUAGGGGACGGGAACUCAUGUGGUUAUCAGAUCCGCCUGCAGAGUCGGUUACCACGGAAACAGGGCUCGGUGCUGUAUUGUACAACGGGUAUUAUUCUACAGUGGCUUCGCUCUUCCCCUCUGUUGUCCACCAUCAGCCACCUGGUUUUGGAUGAAAUUCACGAGAGGAACCUUCACUCUGAUGUUCUACUCAUCAUUGUUAAAGACCUGCUCCGAGUCCGACAGGACCUCAAGGUCAUCCUCAUGAGUGCCACGCUCAACGCUGAGAAGUUCUCCAAAUACUUUAAUAACUGUCCUAUGAUCCACAUCCCGGGGAUGACCUUCCCGGUACAAGAGUUCCUAAUGGAGGAUGUGUUGGAGAUGAUUAGGUACCGUCCCCAGAAGAAGGAGCAGAGGCCCAGGUGGAAGAGAGGUUUCAUGCAGGGUCAGAAUUCCAGACCAGAGAAGGACCAGAAAGAGGCCGAGUACAAGGAGAGCUGGCCCUGCUACGCCCGCACACUACGAGACAAGUACUCUGACAGAACCAUAGAUGUGUUGGAGAUGAUGGACGAUGAUGAUAAGAUUGACCUUGAUCUCAUCGUGCAGCUGAUCAGACAUAUCGUGCUAAGCCAGGAAGAAGGAGCCAUCUUGGUGUUCCUGCCAGGUUGGGACAACAUCAGUGGCCUCAACGACCUCCUCAUGGCUCAGCAGAUGUUCAAAUCAGAUCGGUUUGUGAUCAUUCCUCUGCACUCCCUGAUGCCUACUGUCACCCAGACCUCGGUGUUCAAAAGGCCUCCUCCAGGAGUCAGGAAGAUUGUCAUUGCCACCAAUAUCGCUGAGACCAGUAUUACCAUAGAUGAUGUGGUGUUUGUGAUAGAUGGGGGAAAGAUUAAGGAGACUCACUUUGACACUCAGAACAACAUCAGCACUAUGACUGCAGAGUGGGUCAGCCUGGCCAAUGCCAAACAGAGAAGAGGACGCGCUGGCAGGGUGUGUCCAGGGAAGUGUUAUCACCUGUAUAAUGGCCUGAGGGCCAGUCUUCUGGAUGCCUACCAGCUACCUGAGAUCAUGCGCACACCACUGGAGGAACUGUGUCUGCAGAUCAAGAUCCUCAAGCUGGGUCCAAUAGCAGAGUUCCUGAGGAAAGCUCUGGACCCUCCCACAGAGGAGGCUGUCACUCUGGCCAUCACACACCUGAUGGACCUCAAUGCUCUGGACCGCUCAGAGGCUCUGACCCCGUUAGGGUUCCACCUGGCCAGGCUGCCUGUAGAGCCUCACAUCGGGAAGCUGAUCCUGUUUGGAGCUCUGCUGGGCUGUCUGGACCCUGUCCUCACUAUCGCUGCCUCUCUCAGCUUCAAGGACCCCUUCUUCAUACCAAUGGGUAAGGAGAAGAUGGCAGACUUUAGGAGAAGAACUCUGUCCAGAGAAUCAAAGAGUGACCACCUCACCAUCAUCUAUGCCUUCACAGGCUGGGAGGAAGCUAAGCGACGCGGCUACAAGUUUGAACGAGAGUUCUGCUGGGACAACUUCCUGUCAGCCAAUACACUCCAGAUGCUGCACAACAUGAAGGGUCAGUUUGCUGAGCACCUGCUGGGGGCUGGCUUCACCAGCAGCAAGAACCCAAAAGACCCUGAAUCUAACACAAACUCAGAUAAUGAGAAGCUGAUCAAGGCAGUGAUAGUGGCAGGUCUCUACCCCAAAGUGGCCAUGAUCAAACCCAGUGGCAGCAAGAAGAGACCGGUGAGGGUGUAUACCAAAACCGAUGGGAAGGUGUGUAUUCACCCCAAGUCAGUGAAUGCUGAGGAGACCCAGUUUAACUACACAUGGCUCAUCUAUCACCUCAAGAUGAGGACCAGCAGUAUCUUCCUGUACGACUGUACGGAGGUGUCUCCGUUCUCCCUGCUGUUCUUUGGAGGUGACGUCACCAUACAGAUGGAUCAGGACCAGGAGACCAUCGCUGUGGACGACUGGAUCGUGUUCCAGUCCCCCGCACGCAUCGCUCACCUCGUCAAGAAUCUGAAGAAGGAGCUGGACUCUCUAUUGGAAGAGAAGAUCCGAAGCCCCGCCCCUGUGGACUGGAGCAACCGCCAAUCCAAAGACUGUGCCGUCAUCACAGCCAUCAUAGACCUCAUCACCACCCAGGAGAGACCCGACGUUAACGCGAGGAACACUGAGCCUAGAGGACGCCGCCAGUAUCACAACAACGAUGAUGGUGGUGACGAGUACGAGAACUGCUGCAUCUCUUCUCAACCCAGAGAAAAGCUCAGGCCAUAGAGAUGGAAAGAGGUCUCCACUUUGUAUCUGUGCCAUAAUGGCGCUGCCCAUGCUCUCUCAGUUUGAGUUAAGUGUCAAGCUAAUGUUGGUGAUGUACCUCCACUUGCAGAGCUGGAGUCUUAAACUAAAUAUUGUGUUAUUUUGGCGAUAAAGCUUAACGCCAUUUACCAACUAGGCAAACCAAUUUGAAGACCAUGCUCUGGUCAUUGGCUGAUCAUUCCCAUAGGAAUCCCCCACCCAGUUGACUACUUUCAAAAUGGUGGAAGCCCUCAAUGUCCAUGCUAAAUUGUUUCCAAGUAGAGAUCUCUAUACAUCUCAAUGUCUUAGGCACAUUUUCUAUUGGAUACGAGUCCAGUCAGGAUGGUAUGUGAAGAAAAAGUCCCCGAACACCAACUGUUUGAAUUUAAUUCUAUAAGCCUACUGGAAAAGGCUGAGCAUGUAUUUUUUCAUUUGUUAAAAACAAUUAUGUGAAACUAAGUUGUAUGGAAUGCUGUUGUGUUGAUAUUGCUUGACAUUCUCAUGUUGUCACUUGGCUAACUUGGUUAACUUGCCAUUGUUUUCUUUUCAGUUUUUUGUUCAAAUAUUAGAAUCUUCUCCCUGAAGCUGAACCAAUAAAGCUGCCCUUAUUGCAGGGUUACGUUA